AUGUCUUCUGAAUUAUCACAUCCAUCAAUUAAAGAUGGUUGGUUUGCUGAAAUUUCAAAUACCAUGUGGCCAGGUCAAGCUAUGUCAUUAAAAGUCGAUAAAAUUUUACAUGUUGAAAAAUCAAAAUAUCAAGAUGUUUUAGUUUUUAAAUCUGAAACUUAUGGUAAUGUAUUAGUUUUAGAUAAUUGUAUUCAAGUUACUGAACGUGAUGAAUUUUCAUAUCAAGAAAUGAUCGCUCAUUUAGCAUUAAAUUCCCAUCCAAAUCCAAAAAAAGCUUUAGUUAUUGGUGGUGGUGAUGGUGGUGUUUUAAGAGAAAUUUUAAAACAUCAAUCAAUUGAAGAAGCUUGGUUAUGUGAUAUUGAUGAAACUGUUAUUAAAGUUUCAAAACAAUAUUUACCAGAAAUGUCUAAAUCUUAUCAAGAUCCAAGAACAAAAGUUCAUAUUGGUGAUGGUUUUAAAUUCUUAGAUGAUUAUAAAAAUCAAUUUGAUGUCAUUAUUACUGAUUCUUCUGACCCUGAAGGUCCAGCUGAAUCUUUAUUUCAAAAACCAUAUUUUGAAUUAUUAAAAAAUGCUUUAACUGAAAAGGGUGUAAUUACAACUCAAGCUGAAAAUAUCUGGUUACAUAUGCCAAUCAUUAAACAAUUGAAAAAAGAUUGUCUUGAUAUUUUCCCAGUUGCUGAAUAUGCUUAUACUAUGAUUCCAACUUAUCCAUCUGGUUCAAUUGGAUUUAUGGUUUGCAGUAAAGAUUCAAAUGCUGAUGUUAAAAAACCAAUUAGAUUUGAUUGGGACGAUGAAUUUGUUAAAAAGAAUUUGAAAUAUUAUAAUAAACAAAUUCAUGAAGCUUCAUUUAUAUUACCAAAUUGGGCUGAUCAAGAAUUAAAUAGUAAUUGA